CGUGAUGAAAAAUUAUAGUGGAUGGACGUACCAUUCAGUCCCGUCGUAAACUCAUAAUCGUAUUCGGUCGGUGACUUUUUAGCCUGCUUGGGUUUGGUUGUGUAUUUCAGAACAGACCAUUCGUUAUUACGUGACAGGAAUAAUGGAUAUGAACAUGACAACUGAUGAGAUGAUGACCGGAGGGCACGGUCAUCACACGAUGCCUGGCGAAAUGACCCAUGAAAUGACCGGUCAUCACCACCCGACAGAUAUGACCGGAAUGACACAUCCUCAUGAUGGACAUCCAACUGACCACACCAUGCACAUGAUGAUGCAGAUGACCUUUUAUCUCUCAACGAAGGUGACAAUCCUUUUUGAGGAGUGGUCCGUGGACAGUGUUGGGGGUCUUGUUGGGUCAUGCAUUGCCGUGUUCUUCAUGGCUAUGUUCUAUGAGGGGUUAAAGGUCGGCCGUGAGCUGCUCCUCCGUCGCUCCGUGGUCAAUGUCCGAUACCAUUCGCAACAGAUUUCCAAGGGCAGUGAGACAUUCUUGACAGAAACCCACAGCGCAGGAGAAGCCCGCAUUCUGAGCUGGGGACAUGUCAUCCAAACCCUCCUUCACAUAGUUCAGGUUACCCUCAGCUAUUUCCUCAUGCUUAUCUUCAUGACCUACAAUGGCUAUCUCUGCAUCGCUGUCGUCCUGGGCGCCGGUACCGGUUACUUUGUCUUCGGUUGGAAGAAGGCCAUCGUUGUCGACAUCAACGAGCACUGCCAUUGAUCACAGCCGUGGUCAUUGGUAAGGGGAGAUGGAUAAAUUGGUGCCUGCCGUUUGAAAUGAGAAUUCUUGAAAAUCUAUUCUAACUUGGUAUUGAUUUUAAACUGCACUAUGCUAUCUACCUAGUUUUCUAGAGUCUGUAAAAAUUAUGUUGAUAUUUUAACACAAAAUAAUCGCUUGUUAAAGACUUCAGGCAUAUCUUAAUUUAGAAAAAAAAAAAUUCAUUACAUCAGCAGUGAUAAAGAAUGAAAAAAGAGGUAACAGAAUGUUCAAAUAUAAAAAAGUAUCUUCUAUUCCUCUUUUUAUUAUUAAAGGAGCAAUAUUUCCAGUGAAAUUUGAAAAAAGGAUACUCUCAGUCACAACCAAAUAUUCCACUUUCCUCCCAUGAUAAACGAAAACUGUCUAGAAAUUAUGAUAAUUGUUUGAAAUUGUAAUCUUACACCCUAAUUAUUAAGAA